AUGCCCGUUCCCACCGAUGGAACAUACGCCAAUAACUUUUGGGGCAAAAAUGAUCACGGAAGCCAAAUUGUCAUCGACCAACUAAACAAAUCCAGAAAAUCGUGCGAAGAGCUGUACAGUUACUACAAAGAAAAAAUCCAGUUGGAGGAAGAGUACUCUCGUAAGCUUGGAUCGUUGAGCAAAAAGUACCUAGGUUCAGAGGAGUUCGGAUCGUUGAAAGAUGCCCUCCAUACGUUGACGUUAGAGAGCCGACAAAUAGCUGCAAGUCAUCUGGCCGAGGCUGACCAGAUAUCCACUCAGGUUUCUGGGCCCUUGGAAACUUUCAUCUCUUCCUGGAACGCCAAAAGGAAGCCAAUUGAGUUGAAUUUGGAAAAAAUAUGCAAGUAUCGAUCUGUUGUCACUCAAAAACUGGAGCAUUCCAAGAAAAAAUAUCUUGCAGACUGUCAAAAACUUCAGGGUUACCAAUCUCAGAAAAUGCUAGCUGAUGGACGGGAACUGGAGAAACUAGAAGCAAAAAUUCCAAAACUGAAAGUCAACCUUAAUCAUCAUAGACGCCAGUACUAUGAGUAUGUUAAGGAGCUCACAGAGUUGAAUGAAAUGUGGAUUAGGGAAUGGGGCCUAGCGUCAGUUACUUUACAACAACUGGAAGAAGAACGUAUCAAGUUCAUGAAGUCAAACAUCUGGACUUUUGCAAACGUUAUUUCAACUACAUGUCUUUCAGAUGAUUCCUCAGCAGAAAAUGUGAGAGUAUCUCUUGAAAAAUGUGAGUCGAAACAAGUAAUUCAAGAAUUUGUGGAUCUCAAAGCAACGGGGUCAACAAUCUACUCUUCUCCAAGGUUUAUUGAGUUCUACCAUAAUGAGCAGGAAGAAGAACUCAAAAUCUUGGCAACCUCCAAUAUUAACAUUCUGAAUCCAAUGGAUACUCUACCUCUAUCAGAUAGUUAUUCGAAACGAAACAUAGUAAACCCAUCUGAUCCUACCCUGGAAGACCAAAACAGAGCUGCAUUUGAAGACCGCCAUAAUGAUAACAUGAAACAGUAUAAAACACGGCCAGAGUCUUUAAGCUUAUCAGGAAAUGUCCGCUUGGACCCUCCAUCGUCUCCCACACUUCUUUCCAGUUCACCACCAAAUACCGAAUUCACAACCACCGAGAGCGGGAUCUUUUCCAGUAGUACCACACCAACCACUUACUCCAAGAGUUCUCAAAAAAGCUGGAAUUCCCCAACUAGAAGAAGAAGCCGUUUGAUGUACCAACGAUUGGAAGCUCAAAAGAAUAGUAAACAUUCUGAAACACCAGCAGUGAACUCUUCACAUCAAUAUUCACACCAAUUCCCUCAAUAUGAUCAUUCCAAACAAACCAAGCCUCUUGCUGAGAAUUCCCAAAAAGGUCCACCUCAGUUACAGCAGGACCUUUUAAAGUCGUACUUGGAAGAUCUAAAUCUGGGAGGAAAUGGUGACAUGAAUAAACUGAGACAGUCAUUGGGAAAAAGCUCAAAUACGAGUAGGCCGAUGUCAAUGCAUCUUGAUUCACAUUCAAUCAAGUCACAAACCCCGUUGGAAAAGAGACCAUCUUAUCGUAGAUCGAAGUCUGCUACAACUCUGAACCAGUUUAUAGGAGUCAAUGGAUUGCCUGAGAUUUCUAGUUCUGGUCAUCAGGUACUCAAGUACUCCCGGGCUCUUUACAGUUAUCGUGCCGAUGUUGCCGGGGAGGUUUCUUUCCAAAAGAAGGAUAUCAUGCUGGUAUUGAACAUGCAGCCAGAUGGAUGGUGGAUGGUUGAAUUACUUCGAACAGGAGACGUCGGACUUGCACCAAGCAACUACUUGACAGACCUUCAAUGA